AUGAGUCAAGAAGCUGAACAGAUAAUAAGAAGCAUUCCCUUGCAGAACCUUCAUUCUGGUCUAUUCCCACAUUCAAGACCGAAGCUUCAACUGCCGUCCUUGUUUCUACCAGAAACCACACCUGCAGAACAGCAUCUGCAUGCGUGGGUUGAGGAAUGCGAUAGAGUAACACAAGCGGUGGAGGAACGAGAUACCGAAACCAAAAAGUUUGAUGAUUGGUACAGAGAAAACUACCUCCGCAGACAACCUCCUGGUAUGAUGGAAAGCACGCUUCUUUCGCCUUCCAAAAGAAAAUGA